CAACUUCCCACCCUCCCUAUCAUCACACGCAUCAGCCCCCCGCCCGCCCCCCCCCAGCAGCGGCUCCGCACGCACUCAAAAUCAAAGGGGGGGACGGACGGACCCACCCCCCCGCCCUGAGAAGAAGCCCGGCCCAAAGAGCGGCUCCGCUGCGCCAGUCUCCGCUCGGCCUUCCUGCAGGGUGCACGCUCCGGUCCCGCUGGUCAUUCUCACCCCCCCCCCCCCCGGGAAGAAGUCCCGGUGCUUCGGGGGGCUUCCGUAGCUCAGGGGGGCGGCCGGGAAGGGGCGGCCGCGCCUUGCCUGGGGCUUCUCCCGCCUGCCUUGGGCGAAGAGUCGGACUUUUUUUGGCGGCGGGGGGGAGAUAUUUCUGGACUCGGUUUCCUUCGGCGGCGCUUCCCGAACCCUCCCGCUCGGCCGCCCCACCCCCCUCCCCGUCCAUCCCAGCAGCCUCGACCGGAGCAUGGCUGCGCUGCCCGGGAGCGUGCCAAGGAUGAUGCGCCCAGCACCCGGACAGAAUUACCCCCGGACCGGAUUCCCUCUGGAAGUCUCGACGCCGCUGGGCCAAGGCCGGGUCAACCAGCUCGGGGGAGUCUUCAUCAACGGGCGGCCGCUGCCCAACCACAUCCGCCACAAGAUCGUGGAGAUGGCCCACCACGGCAUCCGGCCCUGCGUCAUCUCCCGGCAGCUGCGCGUCUCCCACGGCUGCGUCUCCAAGAUCCUCUGCCGCUACCAGGAGACCGGCUCCAUCCGCCCCGGGGCCAUCGGCGGCAGCAAGCCCAGGCAGGUUGCAACUCCCGAUGUGGAGAAGAAAAUCGAAGAAUACAAGCGGGAGAACCCGGGCAUGUUCAGCUGGGAGAUCCGGGAUCGGCUCCUCAAAGACGGCCACUGCGACCGGAGCACGGUCCCCUCAGGUUUAGUGAGUUCAAUCAGCCGCGUGCUCCGAAUCAAGUUCGGGAAGAAGGAGGAGGAGGAGGACUGCGACAAGAAAGAGGAGGACAGCGAGAAGAAAGCCAAGCACAGCAUUGACGGCAUCCUGGGCGACAAAGGUAACCGGCUGGACGAAGGCUCCGACGUGGAAUCCGAGCCAGACCUGCCGCUGAAGCGUAAGCAGCGCCGCAGCCGGACCACCUUCACCGCAGAGCAGCUGGAGGAGCUGGAGAAAGCCUUUGAGAGGACUCAUUACCCGGACAUCUACACUCGAGAGGAACUAGCCCAGAGGACCAAACUCACCGAGGCCCGAGUCCAGGUCUGGUUCAGCAACCGAAGAGCCCGGUGGCGCAAGCAAGCAGGGGCCAACCAGCUGGCUGCUUUCAACCACCUCUUGCCAGGGGGAUUCCCGCCCACUGGGAUGCCAGCCUUGCCACCCUACCAGCUGCCAGACUCGACCUAUCCAACAGCUGCAAUUUCCCAAGAUUUGGGGUGAACAGGCACUGUGCACAGACCCCAGCCUCUCCCGCCAUCCACCAUGCACCAGGGGGGUCUCGCAGCCGCUGCUGCAGACUCCAGCUCAGCUUAUGGGGCUUGCAUGUUUCUUCCAAGCUAUUCGGACAAGCUCUUGCUGAAUGUCACGGGCUCCUAAACCACAAGGAACUGGUCAAGUAAAUCUGGCCCU